AUGUCUUUCCUCGGCGGUUCCUCUUCUUCCUCAGCUUCGUCCGGCGAUGUCAAGACCGCCGUCGUUCAACAACUCCAGCAAGAGGCUGCGAUGACCAACGCCCGCGCCUUGAUCCAGAAAAUCAACGAGAACUGCUUCACAGCUUGCGUCCCUACCCCCGGCACCUCUUUGUCUUCCGGAGAGAACACCUGUCUGUCUAGCUGCAUGGAGAAGUACAUUGCCAUGUGGAACAUCACCAGCCGCACCUAUAUCAACCGCAUUGGCGUUGAGAGCAAGCGUAUGGGUGGCGAUGCCAGCCUGGUCGCCUCGAUGGGAUCCGGUCUCUAA